CUUCCUUGUAUAAAUACCAGCUCCCAAUCAACCAACUCCAAACACAACUCAGCAAUACUGACAAGUUUUCAAACAGUCUCUCUCUCUAUCCCCCUCUCUCUCCUCUCAUCUUCUCUCUCUAACUUUCUCUCUCCAACUAUGGUUCUAUCCAAGACUACGUCGGAGUCGGAUGUCUCCGUUCACUCCACCUUCGCCUCACGCUACGUCCGAGCUUCUCUUCCAAGGUUCAAGAUGCCGGAGAACUCGAUCCCGAAGGAAGCAGCGUACCAGAUCAUCAACGACGAGCUGAUGCUGGACGGGAAUCCGAGGUUGAACCUGGCCUCGUUCGUGACGACAUGGAUGGAGCCGGAGUGCGACAAGCUCAUCAUGUCCGCCAUCAACAAGAACUACGUUGACAUGGACGAGUAUCCCGUCACCACCGAGCUUCAGAAUCGUUGUGUGAACAUGAUAGCACAUUUAUUCAACGCUCCGCUCGGAGAUUCGGAGACUGCCGUCGGUGUCGGGACGGUGGGGUCAUCGGAGGCUAUAAUGUUGGCCGGACUUGCAUUCAAGAGGAGGUGGCAGAACAAGAGGAAGGCCCAGGGAAAACCCUAUGACAAGCCCAACAUUGUGACUGGAGCUAAUGUUCAGGUGUGUUGGGAGAAAUUUGCAAGGUACUUUGAGGUGGAGCUGAAGGAGGUUAAGCUGAGGGAAGGCUACUAUGUGAUGGACCCUGCAAAAGCAGUUGAGAUGGUUGAUGAAAACACCAUCUGUGUUGCUGCAAUCCUUGGUUCAACUCUCAAUGGAGAAUUCGAGGAUGUUAAGCUCUUGAACGACCUCUUAGCAGAGAAGAACAAGAAAACAGGAUGGAAUACUCCUAUACAUGUAGACGCUGCAAGUGGUGGAUUCAUUGCACCCUUCAUCUAUCCAGAGCUAGAGUGGGACUUCCGGCUGCCUUUGGUGAAGAGCAUCAAUGUUAGUGGACACAAGUAUGGUCUUGUCUAUGCUGGGAUUGGGUGGGUCAUCUGGAGGACCAAGGAAGACUUACCUGAAGAACUUAUCUUCCACAUCAACUAUCUUGGAGCUGAUCAACCCACCUUCACCCUGAACUUCUCUAAAGGUUCUAGUCAAGUUAUUGCUCAGUACUACCAACUGAUCCGCUUGGGCUAUGAGGGCUAUAGGAACAUUAUGGAGAAUUGCAGAGAAAAUGCAAUGGUUCUCAAGGAAGGAUUAGAGAAGACUGGGCGCUUCAACAUUGUGUCCAAGGACAAUGGAAUCCCCUUGGUGGCUUUCUCCCUGAAGGACAACAGUCGCCAUAAUGAAUUCGAAGUGUCCGACAUGUUGCGCCGAUUUGGGUGGAUUGUUCCAGCCUACACAAUGCCAGCUGAUGCUCAGCAUGUGACAGUGCUCCGUGUUGUCAUAAGGGAGGACUUCUCGCGCACACUGGCUGAGCGACUAGUCCUUGACAUCCAGAAGGUCCUUCAUGAUCUUGAGACUCUCCCUGCAAAGAUCUCAGCCAACUGUGAAGAGAAAAAACAGAGGAAUGGUACUAUUUUCCACAAGAAGAGUGCCAUUGAGACUCAAAGGGAGAUCACCACAGCAUGGAAGAAGUUUGUAAUGGACAAGAAGAUCAGUGGCGUUUGCUAGUAAUUAGAACUACAAGGAAGAGCACCAUAUAAGAUUUUGGAAAUUUUCUUCUUUUGUUUUUGCUUUUUUACUUUUUUGGCCCAUUUUGAUUGUUCUAACUUCAAUUGUUUGUCCGAGAGCUUUAGUCAUUUGUAGCUUGAUGAGCCUUAUGAUUUAUAUUUUCUUCAAUUAAUGAAAGAGUACGAAAUUUAUUACUACAA